CGUCCCUUUACGCCCAACAUCGACAGCGUUGACGAUUUUGGCCAGGCGCGGGGCAGCCUUUCGUUCUUUCAGUUCAUUCGUCAUUCUUUGUGCAUCUGUUUUCGUUCUCUUAUUUCUUUCCCCUCUUCACCUGUCUGGCACAGACUUGUCCCUGCAGGACGACAUCCAAAGCACGACCUACUAACGACGUACACUACUUUGUUUGUCGUCUAUGUUGACCAGAUUCUCAAGAGACCAAAAGUCAGGCGCCAUAGCGGUUGUCCUCUUCGGCCUCUUGUCCGUUAUGGCGAACUCUGUGGUUCUGGCUAGAACAAUUUGGAUCUUCGCGAGCCAAACUAGCAAGCUUUCACGAGAAGGAUUCUUCUUCAGAACCCAUCUUGGAGUAUAUACUUUUUGCUUGCUCUUGAGCAGUCUCUGUACUGGUCUCAGCGGUGUGCUCAGCGUCGGUUUUGUUAUGAUGGACGGGAUUGCGGAUGGUUCAUUAUGCAAUGCACAAGCCGUCAUACAUCAGAUUGGAAACUUCAGUACCUCAUACUUCAUUUUGACGAUGGGCAUACACACUUUCAAUUCCCUCGUGCUCAAGUUCCACCAGCCUCUAUGGAUGAUAGUGCUAGUUGUUCUCUGCGGAUGGCUGUUUUCGAUUCUUAUAGGCGUCAUUCCCGCUUUCAUAUCCACACCAGCAGACGGGCCUAUUUACGGCAACAUAGGUUUUGAAUGCGGCAUUACUGUGCAAUACCCGGUUGCGCACUUUCUUCUGCAAUCUCUCCCUCCGUUCUUGUCUGCCUUCGUGUCCGCUGUUGCCUACUCUGCGGUGUUUCUUGUUUUGCGUGGUACUCUAGUCAUGAACGGUGGGAUGAGAUUACAGUUGAACGCUGAACAGCGUUGGCUCGGGAUGUCAGGCCCCUUGGAAGAUUACAGGCAUUUCGUUAACGCGCUGUCCCGUCGUCUACUGUGGUAUCAUUUAGUGUUCACUUUACUCUGGGUGCCCUCAUCCAUCAUACAGCUCAUCUUCAUCUCAGGAUUCCCCGUUUCUGUCAGCUCUAUGUCGUUCGCCAUGGUCGCAGAAUUGUUAUUCGGUCUUGGUAGUGUCCUUGCGCUUUACACCGUCCUCCAGGUCUUCGGCCCGGUUAUCGGUACAUUAUCGUCGCCAUCGAAAGGGUCGGAUACGGAAAGCUUUGGAAACGUCGAAGUCAAGCUUUCUCCAGUCGAAGAGUUACAGUCGACAAGCGUUCCCCCACGAGAGUCGCGCUCUUUUCCACCUCCUAAACGCAGUUUCGACAAUUUGGGCAGUCUUCCAUCAAAGUAUACUCGAAGUACUUCAUCUCUCUCGGGUUCAAACACCGCUGUCGGGUCACAAGGUUCCUUGCAUUCGAGAGAAUCGUCGAUCGCAGAUUCCAACACUCAUCUCAUUGCGCCUGCCUCCAAACUUGGCCACAUGUAUACAGGAAUCAUGUCGAAUCCUAUGACAACUCCGCUGCUGCAACGUCCAAUCACGCCAAUACCCAUUGCCGGAAUUGAUACAACCCGUCGCUCUACGUCUUCGUUGGUGCCAGAUCAUGUACCACAACGGGAACUCAAUUCACAAUUUCGAUCAAGGCCUCUACAUCCCAAAACAAUGACUGGUUUACCUUCGACCCCACGUCGAAUGGCAUCACCCCUACCAAGGACUGCGGUCAAAGGCACCCCUGAAAGCUCGGGAGUGCCUGCCUCUAUCUCACCAAGGCUCUCCUCGUCCUCGGAAUCGGGUGGCUCGCUGCUGAAUCUAUAUCUCUCGAGGACUCCGGUCGAUGAAUCUGCCCCUGUACUUCCCGGGAAGUCUCGUCGGGCCACGAUGAUCAAGCGGGUGAAAUUUUCCUUGCCCUUAAGUCACAGAGAUCCAGUCACUCCCGGCCAACCGACGUUCAAGACUUCGGCCUCUGUCGCGGCAACGAAGGGGCCUCCUUCGCAGCCUCUAUCAGAUCGACCCAAGGUUGAAGAGGUCAGACAACGCCGCGCUGAAAAGGAAGACGAAAUUGUGGACGUCGCACCUUUGGACAUUGAUGCCCCUUAUGAUUCGUCGACAACACCAUCUCCCCAGAGCCCACCGCACUCUCCAUUGUCCCCUCACUACGGUCCCAUCUCUCCUCAUCCAUCCUCAGCGGCGGAAUCAUCCUCGUCAACUCAGGUCGACAUCAUGUCUUCUUUGACCUUCGCGUCCUUGGUUGCAACAGCCGCGACGAGCACUCGCGGGCAGCCCGUGACGGCGCCUAUGGACGUCGCAGGUUCAUCUUCCAAGAUUUCCCAAACAUCCCGAAACGCGGAUGGAGGUCGUGGCGACCCUAUUCCAGCGGGGCUACAGCCGCGCCUGCCCACCGUUCGCAUGCGGCGCGAGAAGUCAUACACAUUUCGGUCAGGCCAACGGAAAAUGAGCGAAAAUUCCGUAGACCCUGCAAUGCCCCCUGUGAUAUCGUCGGGGAUGAGCCCCAAUAUUGAUGAAGGGAGCUCCAGUGGUAUAAUGAACCACGAGAUUGUGGUGUCCGAUGUGCACGCCACGGUCCGAAAGGUAGUUUCGACAACGCCCCAUUUGGAGACUGCGACACGGACAGGCUUGGUGGCGAUGACAUUGGGCGCAUCAGCAAGGUCUGAAGGGAAAUCGACGCUGUACGGAUAUUUAUAGGUUGCUGUGAGUUACUACUAAGUGCGUGAGUGUAUGACGGUGCGAUUUCUGGGACCGACUAUUCACAAUUGUUGUACUACACUUACACUACUUGUUCGUUCGGCAGCCUCAAGCACGAGCUUUCAGACGGCCUAC